AUGGUUUGUGAGGUCGGAGCGGCGGUCAUGGACAUGAGUGGCGAGGGUGGAGCGGGUGCGGGGGCGGGCGCGCUUCAGCAGCGGUGGUACGACAGCCGCGUGAACGGCAGCCCGGCCGCCGCAGACGUCGGCUCCGACGCGAACGGCGACGGCUUCUUCCACUCGCCGCUAGAGGGCGGACAUCACAGUCGCGCCCGUUACUACCAUCAACAAAUGCACGCCCCCUAUUCUGCCGCAGUCGGCUCGCACGGUCGGACGUUAAGUGGCGGCAGCGGACAGGUGUGUCGACCGCAUUUCCACACGCCGCUUCACCCUUGGCUGGACUCAAAGGCGCUGGGAGGCGGCGCAUGGGGCGGCGGAUUCCAGCAGGAUGCCGCGCAAGCAGACAAACCUCUUUCCCCUGCCCAACACCAUCAUCCACACCCCCUUUUCUCCUUCCCUCCGACUCCGCCAAAAGACUCAACUCCCGACUCCGUCGCGGCAGCGGCACUCGGCCAGCAAGACUACCAAGCCGCUGUCGCUCACGCGACCGCUAUGAGCGUCGCGUUUAUGCAGCAGCAACAGGAGCUACCGCUCUGCGGCGACGUCAAGCCCAUGAUGGGCGCACCACCAUCAAAGCAGCGCGAAGGUGCGCAACCAGACUCGUGCCCCCAAGAGUCGAGUCAGCCCUCCGGGGAAUACAACGCGCAGUACAACGCCGCCGGCGGCGACUACUACGGCUACCAGGGGAAGGGGUAUAGUCAGCAGCAGAGUAAGCCUCGACCGAACAAGACGCGAACGAGCGCCGAAGGGCGGGAGUGCGUGAACUGCGGGGCGACGAGCACCCCUCUAUGGCGGCGCGACGGCACCGGCCACUACCUCUGCAACGCCUGCGGCCUUUACUACAAGAUGAACGGACAGAACAGGCCGCUUAUUAAGCCAAAGCGAAGAUUGGUGAGUUCACUGCAGAGCGCGGCACGGCGGGCUGGCACCUCGUGCGCCAACUGCAAGACUACCACCACCACUCUAUGGCGACGCAAUCAGAAUGGCGAGCCGGUCUGCAACGCCUGCGGCCUCUACUACAAACUGCACAACGUUAACCGGCCAUUGACAAUGAAAAAGGAGGGGAUCCAAACGAGAAAUCGGAAGCUAAGCAGUAAAAGUAAAAAGAAGAAGGGAGGAAUGGGUAUGGGUGGCGGUGGUGCUUGUGCACUAGCUCUUGGCGGCGUCAUGGGAGACAUGAUAAAGCCACUAGGGGAUGCUACCAAAGGGUUUGGUGGUUCAGCCUUUCCCUCAGCAAUGGACUUUGGGCAACACCAAGUGGGUUUGGUGCAUCCAGCCGCGGCGCACAUGUCGCACUGGUAUGGCGCACCGCACCAGGGCUUUGCGCCACCGCCCGCCUCGCAUAACCCAUACCACCACCAUCACCUCGCGCAACUUAAUUCCAUGACUGGCUGGAGGAGUGAGUACACAUGGUUAACAACUACAUACGGAAGACUACUAGCCUCUUGGUCGGAAGAAACAAUGAAAAAAGCAAUUGCAGAGGCAACAAAAUCCUCAAUAAAAAGUGCAUCUCAAAAAUAUGGAAUACCGUAUACUACGUUGCAACGUCAUGUCAAAUCGAAUAGUAGUAAAAAACGUCUCGGCAGGUUUAAGCCUGUAUUUAAUGAAGAACAAGAAAAAAAUUUAGAAAACCAUUUAAAGGAUUUAGAUGCACUGUUUUACGGUCUGUCUGGAAAUGAAUUUAUGGAAUUAGCUGGGCGAGUUAUUUCACAGUGUGAAGUUGUACGUCUGGUUACACCUGCUUACUUAAAAGUAGCAACACCACAAAACGCCAUGAGCGGAUUUAGAGCAGCUGGCAUUUAUCCGUACGAUAGAAAUGUGAUAGAUGAAGCGCUAUUCGCACCUUCUACAGUCUACGAGGCAUCAACUUCACACUCUGCAGGCGAAGACCAUGGGGCUCCAACACCUUUUCAAUUAGAAGCGACUGUUUCACCUAUGACAGCAGAUACGUACGCCAUACCACAUGGUUCAGAAACACCACCAAUUCUGUCCACUAUACCACGAGAUGAAAUUACUCCACCAGCUUUGACGACACCACCCAUUUUCCCAUUUUGGCACAUGUACACACUCACAAGAUCAUUCUUCCGGACCCAACAACAUUUGUUUCGAAGACUCCAGAAGACAAUCUACGUUGACAGCACCACACACAUCCGUUUGUACAUUAGCUGUACCACAAGCCAUUCAUUGUUUUACUGCAUUCAGUGUUGA